CAGCGGAAACGAAAAACCCCUUCUUCGCUCUUCCCCAGUUCUCUCUCCAAUCUCUCUCCCUCUCUCUCUCUCACAUUUCCCAAUAAUACCCCUGAUCUUUUCCCCAAUUUCCCAAAGAUGUCCCGACGGUACGACAGCCGCACCACCAUCUUCUCCCCAGAAGGCCGCCUCUACCAGGUGGAAUACGCCAUGGAAGCGAUCGGCAACGCCGGUACGGCCAUCGGCAUUCUAUCGACGGACGGCGUCGUCCUGAUCGGCGAGAAGAAGGUGACCUCCAAGCUCCUCCAAACAUCCCGCUCCACCGAGAAGAUGUACAAGAUCGACUCCCACGUCGCCUGCGCCGUUGCCGGAAUCAUGUCCGACGCCAACAUCCUCAUCAACACUGCCCGCGUCAUGGCCCAGCGCUACUUCUUCGCAUACCAGCACCCGAUCCCCGUCGAGCAGCUCGUCCAGUCCCUCUGCGACACCAAGCAGGGCUACACCCAGUUCGGCGGUCUCCGCCCCUUCGGUGUCUCAUUCCUCUUCGCCGGCUACGACUCUAACUACGGUUUCCAGCUCUACAUGAGCGACCCCAGCGGGAAUUAUGGAGGGUGGAAGGCCGCUGCCAUCGGGGCCAACAACCAGGCAGCCCAAUCGAUGCUGAAGCAAGACUAUAAGGAUGAGAUCACGAGGGAGGAGGCGGUCGGCCUCGCGCUCAAGGUGCUCAGCAAGACCAUGGACAGCACCAGCCUGACGUCAGAUAAGCUUGAGCUCGCUGAGGUCUUUCUCGCGCCCGAUGGGGAGGUGAAGUACCAGGUCUGCUCAGCCGAUGCACUUGGGAAGCUGCUCGUGAAGGCCGGGGUCACACAGCCUGCUGCCGCCGCUGAGAGCUAGAGCUCUUGAUCUCGUGUUUUACAGGUUUCCCUCUCUAGAUUCUAAAGUCUCGGGACAUGUUUGGUAGUUUUCUUUGCUUUCUUUUUCAAAUUGUGCUGUUGAAUGUCGUUGAUUCGAGCUUGAAAGCAAUUGUGCCAUGAAGCAUUCUGCUUAUUCUAUGGAGACGUUUAAUUGAAGUUGUUUGCUUA